AUGGUAUUUCGGUCGGACAGUCGAGAAGGCGGGGUCGGAGAGGAAAGGAUAGUUUGUGUCAGCGAGAUGGUCAUUGUGGCAGAUGAAGGGAAUGGCAGGGGCUGUCUGCUACCUACGACUCGUUGCCAUUUGAAAUCGAUAAUAAUGAUAAUGAUUAUCAGUAGUUCAUCAUUGAUUCUCACCACAAAAAAAGAAAACGGAAUAUUAUGGGGAAACGUUACUCGUAGCAUAUCUCAACUUAUGGAUAUCGUUCGUAGUCUUCUACGGGCGGUGACACCAUUACCUGACGGUGAUACUGCUGAUCGUAUUAAUUACUGCUUUUCCACUACUAUUUUAGUCGUUCUGUCAGCAUUCAUUUCCGGAUGGAGGUUAGACUUUUCGUUAGUUGAUGAAGGGUGGUGGAUCGAAUAUGCGUUAGAUUAUUGUUUUAUACAAAAUACUUAUUUCAUACCGUUUACUGAUAUUAUCCCGGAUAAUUACUGGGAUAUUGCGGAACAUAUAAUUCCUAUACCAAAAAAUAUCACCCAACGUGAGAAUCGCCUAAUUGGUUAUUAUCAAUGGGUACCAUUUAUUCUUGCUCUCCAAGCUGUAUUAUUCUAUCUUCCGGUCGUUAUGUGGCGCACAUUGUAUUCAGUCGUAGGUAUAAAAGUAAGCGUAAUUUGUGAUACAUGUAAUAUUCGAUCAAACAUGGCUGCCCGAGAUCGAUUAAAAAAUUUGGAAAAAGUUGCGUCAUUUUUGGCGUAUGAACGAGACGUACAUUCAUCAUUCGAUGGUAGAAUGCGUCGUCAUUUAUCAUCUGGUCGUUUUCUUAUCACUACAUAUUUGAUCAUGAAGUUACUCUAUGCCUUAAACUCACUGUUACAAUUUUGGAUCGUCAAGAAGCUUCUGGGUGUGGAAAGUAUUUGGUGGGGUGCUCAGGUGUUCGAUGACCUCAUUCAUGGCUUAGAAUGGCCGCAAACUGGCAAUUUCCCACGUGUUACAUUAUGUGAUUUCGCAGUACGUGUACUUGGUAAUCUCCAUCGACAUACCGUACAAUGCGUGUUAAUGAUCAAUAUGUUUAAUGAAAAAAUAUUUUUGUUUGUAUGGUUUUGGUUACUUAUCAUUUCCACUAUCAAUGUUGUAAACCUUUUGCAUUGGCUUUUUGCAAGCCUUACGAGUAAUUCUGGACAAGAAAUGAUUGGCAUCUAUCUUGAAAAGAUUGAUCCAGAAGUUGCUCAUACCACACGUCGUCGUGCUUUAAUCGAUGAAUUUGUUGUUGAAAAACUUCAUCCGGAUGGUGUAUUUUUGUUACAAUUGGUAAAAGCUAAUUCAGGUGAUAUUGUUACCUGUGAACUGAUUGCAACGCUUUGGCGACAUUUUAUUGAAAAUCGUGUAAAUCCCCCACCAUACACAGAACCAUUGUUAGCCGGUAAAGGGAAGAUUUCAACACAUGAAAGCGGAUUAUAG